AGACGAGCAGACAGAGGACAGUUAUGCAAGAAAAAGGAAAAUACAGUUAUUGGAGCCGAUAUUAGAAUGUACAACAUAGACAUUUGGUUACAUAUAUAUCACAGACAGAGGUACUGGAGUAAAGAAUUAGACGAGCAGUAAAUUAUAUCCAUAGUUACAUACAUAUAUAUAUAUAUAUAUAUAUAUAUAUAUACAUACAGUAUAUAACAUAAAGAAGACAAAGUGGAAUUUCAGAAAAGACAGCCUGGGAUUGAUACAAACCCAAAAGACAAAAACCUAGAGGCAACCAACUAGAUAGUGCUUGUGUUGUUAUAUUCCUCUCUAUGCGUGUGGGUGAUUCUCUGUUUAGCCAUCAUGGAACAAGACGUGAAGAAUCAGGUGGAACAGAUUCUGUCAGAGUUCAGAUUACAAGUGGAGGACUUGCAGGUGCUGAUGUGUCGAAUGCAGGCGGAGAUGGAGCGCGGACUUAGUCUGGAGACCAACGAAGAGGCCAGCGUAAAAAUGCUGCCUACCUAUGUGCGAUCCACACCUGAUGGUUCUGAGGUGGGUGAUUUCUUGGCACUGGAUCUUGGUGGCACCAAUUUUCGUGUCAUGCUAGUAAAGGUCGGCGAGGACAUUGAAGGAGAGUGGAAAGUGCAGACAAAGCACAAAAUGUAUUCAAUUCCUGAAGAUGCUAUGACAGGAACUGCACAAAUGCUGUUCGACUAUAUUGCUGAGUGUAUUUCUGAUUAUCUGGACCAGCAAAACAUGAAGCAUAAGAAGCUUCCCCUGGGAUUUACAUUCUCAUUUCCUGUCAGGCAUGAAGAUAUUGACAAGGGAAUCCUUCUGAACUGGACCAAAGGGUUUAAAGCAUCUGGAGCAGAAGGGAAUAAUGUGGUUGGCCUACUUAGGGAUGCAAUCAAAAGACGAGGGGAUUUUGAGAUGGAUGUUGUUGCCAUGGUAAACGAUACAGUUGCUACUAUGAUUUCAUGCUAUUAUGAAGACCAUCGCUGUGAAGUUGGCUUGAUAGUGGGAACAGGCUGCAAUGUGUGUUAUAUGGAAGAGAUGGGCAACGUGGAACUGGUAGAGGGGGAGGAAGGACGUAUGUGUGUGAACACUGAAUGGGGGGCAUUCGGAGACACAGGGGAGCUGGAGGAUUUCCGACUGGAGUAUGACCGAGUAGUGGACGAAGCCUCUCUAAAUCCCGGUCAGCAGCUAUAUGAGAAGAUGAUUGGAGGAAAGUACAUGGGCGAGCUAGUGAGACUGGUCCUACUGAAGAUGGUGAAUGAAAAUCUGCUGUUUGGAGGAGAAGCGUCUGAGAAACUUAAAACUAGAGGAACCUUUGAAACACAGUUUGUGUCCCAGAUAGAAGGGGACUCCUCGGAUUUCAAGCAGACCUACAAUAUCCUGCACACGUUGGAACUGCAACCCACCCUAGUAGACUGCUAUGCUGUGCAAAUGGCAUGUGAGAGCGUGUCAACGCGUGCCGCGAUCAUGUGCGCAUCUGGUCUUGCUGCAGUAGUCAACCGAAUAAGGGAGAACCGUAGAGAGGAAAUACUCAGAAUCACUGUAGGGGUGGAUGGUUCAGUCUACAAACUACAUCCCAGCUUUAAAGACAAGUUUCAUGCUGCGGUGCACAAGCUGUCUCCGUGCUGUGAAAUCACCUUUAUUCACUCAGAAGAGGGCAGUGGACGGGGGGCUGCUUUGAUCUCAGCGGUUGCACAUAAAAUGGCUGCCCUUAUUGGUCAUUAGUUGGUGGUAAACUUAACCAUCACACCUCACAUCUUCUUACAAAAUUCACAGACCUGCUGAGCCUAAGGUUUUAUGUGACUUUACCAUCCAUAGAUCAUAUGACAGAUUUGCAGAGCUGGUAAAAAAAAGUCUUUGCAGAAUGUUGCUCAUCUACUGUUCAAAACGCGUGGAGACUAUAGCUCCAUAAUCUUAUGUCAGACAAACAGAAGACACUUUGACCACCUCUGGAGGAACUAAUUUACUGUGGCUCCCGACCUACCAUCAAUAGAGCACACUACUAUCCGAUAAACCGUUCUGCAACCUCAGAACUAAAAUAAUGAUUUCCAAUGAAGUGUCUUGGUUUAAAUUCUUAUUAAUAUAUGUCAACUAAAUGUAACAGACAUUGUCCAAUCAAGUCUUAUAAUCUUCUUCUUGUACAUUUUGUAUUUAAUUAGUUUGAAGCGGCAGUAAGCAGAUAAUGUGUAGUCAGAUGGACAAAUAAUCAGCUUUAGAAUCUCCGUUAGGUUCCACUGAGAUUACAUUUGCUGACUUUUCAAUCUGAGUUACAUUAUGUAAUGACAUCUGGAAAAGAAAAUGGCAAUAUUAAUAGUGAGUGAUAUAGUAGAAUGUAUUGUCACUGAUUUAUAUUCUGUGGUUUAAAGUUACUGGUUGUACCUCUAUGAAGGAGCUCAUAACUUCAAUUAUCGACUUCUCAGGUAAAUGUUUUUUAAUGUAUGUUAUAUAGUUCUACCAAAAUACUUGUGGGAUGUUUUCUUAGUAUAUCCAUGUUUGGUUUGCUUUGCUCUCAAAAACUCUAAUUAAAGUCUUAAAGGGACACUGAACCCAAAGUUUUUAUUUUUUGAUUCAUAUAGAGCAUGCAAUUUUAAGCAACUUUCUUAUGAACUCCUAUUAUCAAUCUUUCUUUGUUCUCUUGCUAUCUUUAUUUGAAAAAGAAGGCAUCUAAGGUUUUUUUUGUUUCAGACUCUGGACAGCACUUUUUUUAUUGCUGGAUGAAUUUAUCUACAAAUCAGCUAGGAUAACCCAGGUUGUUCACCAAAAAUAGGCCGGCAUCUAAACUUACAUUCUUGCAUUUCAAAUAAAGAUACCAAGAGAAUGAAGAAAAUUUGAUAAUAGGAGUAAAUUAGAAAGUUGCUUAAAAUUUCAUGCUCUGUCUGAAUCCCAAAAGAAAAAAUUUGGGUUCAGUGUCUCUUUAAAGGGACAUGAAACCCAAAAACAUUUCAUACAAAACAACAAAAGUGAAAAUAAGCAAAAACAUUUCAAUUGACUUCUAUUAUUAAUUUUUUCUUCAUUCUCUUGGUAUCCUUUAUUGGAGGAGCAGUAAUGCACUACUGGGAGCUAGCUGAACACAUUGGUAAGCCAAUUAAAAAACAGCAUAUAUAUGUGCAGCCACCUAUCACAGCUGGCUCCCAGCUCCUGAGCCUACCUAGGUAUGCUUUUCAACAAAGGAUAUAACAAACUAAUCAAAUUAGAUAAUAGAAGUAAAUUGGCAAAUUAAUGGUAAGCUCUAUCUGAACCAUGAAAGGAAGAAUUUUGGGUUUUAUGUCCCUUUUACACAAUGCUAUGAUUAUGUAGUAAAGCUAAAUCUGUGUGAGGUAGUGGCAUGGCCCACACCUAGAAAUCUCUGGUUUCAGCAAAAAACGAUGCCUUAUUUGCAGUAACAGUGACGUCCUUACUGAAACGUUAGUUUAGAGUCCUCAUUUGCUUAUAGCAGACAUCCUCAAACUUGGCCCUCCAGAGGUCUUGGAACUACAUUUCCCAUGAUGCUCAUCCAGCAUAUCAGCAUCAUGGGAAAUGUAGUUCCAACACCUCUGGAGGGCCAAGUUUGAGGAUGUUUGGCCUAUAGUAUGAAAUACCUUGAAGGAAUUAAAAUCUUACAUUUCAGGUUUCCUUAAAAAGGGGCACUAAAUACCUUGUAAGUGACUGCUCUCUUGCUAUAGAAUAAAAUAUCAGUCAAGUCUAAACAUUUUCUAAACAAACAUCUUGUUUGCUGCAAUAGUUUUUCAAUAGCCAAACUCCACCCACCACUUGUCUUAUUUGGAGGAACCAAUCUGAGCUUGUUUCUGGAGAAGAUAAAGCAAACCAAGGCCUUUAUGUUAAUACAAACUGCAUUGUUUUGUGGUUAUAUGUUAAAGCCAAUUAGGGGAAGAUAUGAAGCAGGGUUAGCUUUAAAACGUCUGCAGUUCUGAAAAUUAUACAAUACACAAUUUUCAGGGCUAAAUUAUAUAAAAAAGGGGCAAAAUAAAAAAGAAAGUAUACUACAAAAUUGUUCUAAUACUCUAACUAAAUAUUAGGUUACAAGUGGAGUGUAAAGAUAUUAUUGCUAUUGUGUGUUAGCAUUGCUCGAGCUCAAUAAAUAGCACUUCUAUUUUGCGCUAUAUUCCAAAGAUGUUUUUUGAGCUUGAGAGAUAGACUAAGGUCUAGAUUUAUCAAUCUGAGGCAGACAGGGGCGCAUAUGCGCGCCCCUAUCUGCUGCAGCUCGCCUCUGGCGGGGUGAAUUUCCCCGGAGGAAUUUACCAUUGCACACGAGCGAUAUUUUGUGCUUGUGUGCAAUUCCGCCCCCUGCCCGCGCACAGCCAAUUACGCGUGGGCAGGAGCUGUCAAUCUCCCCGGUCGGACUAGACAGUGGAGAUUGAAUUUUGCCACCUUAGAGGCACGAGCAGGUUCUCUUGUGAGAACCUGCAGCCGUAGGGGCCCAAAGGUUGGCGAAAGCCUUUGAUAAAUCAACCCCUAAGGGGCAGAACUAUAAUUGAUGUAGCUGGUGCUAUCUAUCUCUUCUCAAAAUCCUUAUACAGAGCAGCAUGCAUAUUAUUAACACUGCUUACUACUGAAGUACCUUUGGGGGCCCAAAAAAGAAUGUUGCACCAGGUUCCUCUGUUGAGUACGUCCACUACUGAAUAGUCUAGGUUGCACUAACAUCAGCAUGUGGGAUAUCACAGGUGCGCUAAAUCCCUCACAUAACAGGGACACGCAGUAAAAUUUCAUGUCGGUUAUUGCUCAAGCAAUAAGCCGAGGGUGAGCUAAGCUUAGGUUGUGCUAAGCCAAAGGUGCACAAGCAGUGGAGUUCUUAAUGUAGUUCUAGGUUAUACAAUUAUUAAUAAUAAUAAUAAUAAUGGUUUACUUAAAGGGACACUGAACCCAAAUUUUUUCUUUCAUGAUUCAGAUAGAGCAUGCAAUUUUAAUCAAC